CGCCCAUUUUGGCAACACGGGCUGUAACAUAGACUAAAUUUCUUCCGUGUUCAUGAUCUCCGAAUGAGCCGUGGUGGUGCCAUGUCUAAAGAGCUCGUUUUGCGUCUUAAUAACAGAAAUUACGCAAACUGGCUGAAAGCAGGACAGUGUCUGUAUAUCCUGACGGAAGCCCUUUGUCCCUUCACCGAUGAGAAGAUGCAAAAUUUUCACCAAUAUUUGCUACGUGACAUGCUUCACCUCCGUGAACCAUGUCAGGGAAGAUGUCACCAUGAGGACAUUAAGCAUUCCAGGGCAUGUAACUGGUGUUUACAUUGGAAGUCAGUGAUUCUCAGCCACCACAGACAACCCAAUUCCAUGCUAAAUUGGGAGAACUGUACCCCUGCUGCGUGGAGAACAAACCACUGGGAGCUGGCUAAGGCAUACAUGCCACGAGGACAGGCACACGUGAGAACGGCCGAUCAGUGUGAUCCUUCUGCUCUUCUCAACCUCAUCAACUUCUGUGACUGUUUUGCCAUUGUAAAUGUACAUUCUUCUUUAGUCAGAGAGCUGAUUAGAUGCAGGAAUGCAUUGAUGCAUUCUGCUGACAUGCAUGUGACGGACGAGUGGAUGAAAAAAUUCAAGGUUACACUGACACGUUUUGUCCAGCUUUUCGACCACGUACCCAGCAUGGCAGGAACUGAACAAAAACUUACUCAGAUGCUGGCAGUUGAUUUGUCAAUUUGUGCAAUUGACGUCGUAGAUGAUCCCGAAAUGGAAUUAGCUACAGAUUCUGUGACGUACAAUGUAAUGCCUGAAAAAAUCUUCCAAUGGGAGGCUGAUUUACUGCAAGAGAGGCUGCAGGAGUUGAAACAUAUGGCUGAAGAUGAAACAAUGGAUACCAACCAGCUCAAGAUGCUGGAAUGUUUCCUGCAGCAAAACAAAGAUCUGAGCGAGAAGUUUUCAGGACAGCUGCAGGCCAUCAGCAUGUUGGUGGCUGAACAAAGAAAAACUUAACAAACAUUCGAGAGAUUUUAGCCAAGAAAUUAUGACACGUCUGAUUGUUUUAUUGUUCAAAAAAAUAUUUGCACUAUGCUUUUAUGGAUAGCAUAAUCAUUUUAUUUCCUUUGUCUACAAAUCAGAAAUGUCACUUCUGAUAGAAAAAAAAACAACAACAACACGGCCAAAAGGCCAAACUCCACGCGUUCACCUUAGUUGUAACCCCUUGUACUGACUACAUAUUAUAAGCAGGAAAAAGGCUUCAAAACACAAGUUGACAAUUUAUUCUAAGUUGACAGCAAUCGCACAGCAAGGCAAAACAGCGCUGAUUUUUUUUUCUUUUUUUUUUCUUUCUCUCUACUCACAUCUGAGAUGCAAUUGUUGGCUGUUUUUAACAAUGUAUAUCUUUUCCCAUGUAUAUUUAUAAUUGCACUUUACCUAAAAACAAUGUUUCAUCCGAUUACUUGAUUAAUCGAUGGAAUUUUCAGGAGAAUAUUGGAUUACUAAAAUAUUUGAUAGCUGCAGCCCUAGUGCCCUGUGAUUGGAUACUCAGCUCAAACUUAUUUGUGACCCUAAUGAUUCUGUGUGUGUAUAAUUCUUUACCCUUAAUCAUUGCCAUCAUGACUAUUUUGUAAACGGUUUCCCUGUAUCCUCCACUACUGUGAUCUCCUCCUCAUACUUCAUAGAUGGAGUAGGACGAUAGAACUGUAAAACACACACACACAUUUUAUUUAUAUAUAUAUAUAUAUAUAUAUACGUAUAUAUAUAAUAUAUGCAUUACAGACCAAAUGUUUUGACAUGCCUGCUUAUUCAAUGUGUUUUCUUCAUUUUUAUACAGUGGGGCAAAUAAGUAUUUAGUCAACUACUAAUUUUGCAAGUUCUCCCACUUGAAAACAUGGGUAAACCUCAACCAUGAGAGACAGAAUGUGGAUAGUAGCCUGAUAGUAGCCUUUGUUACUGUGGUCCCAGCUCUUUGUAGAUCAUUCACUAGGUCCCCCCCGUGUGGUUCUGGGAUUUUUGCUCACCGUUCUUGUUAUUAUUUUGACACCAUGGGGUGAGAUCUUGCAUGGAGCCCCAGAUUGAGGAAUAUUAUCAGUGGUCUUGUCUGUCUUCCAUUUUCUAAUAAUUGCUCCCACAGUUGAUUUCUUUACACCAAGUGUUUUACCUAUUGCGGAUUCAGUCUUCCCAGCCUGGUGCAGGUCUACAAUUUUGUCCCUGGUGUCCUUCGACAGCUCUUUGGUCUUGGCCAUAGUGGAGUUUGCAGUGACUGACUGAGGUUGUGAACAGGUGUCUUUUAUACCGAUGAGUUAAAACAGGUGCCAUUAAUACAGAUAACGAGUGGAGCCUCGUUAGACCUUGUUAGAAGAAAGAUCUCUUUGACAGCCAGAAAUCUUGCUUGUUUGUUGGUGACCAAAUACCUAUUUUCCACUCUAAUUUGGAAAUAAAUUCUUGAAAAAUCAAACAGUGUGAUUUUUUUUUUUUUUUUUCUUCUUCUUCACAUUCUGUCUCUCAUUGUUGAGGUUUACCCAUGUUGACAAUUACAGCCCUCCCUAAUCUUCAAGUAGGAAAACUUGCACAAUUGGUGGUUGACUAACUCCUUAUUUGCCCCACUGUAAAAAUCUUUCGAUACUCACUAAAGGCAUCAAAACUAUGAAUGAACACAUUUGGACUUGUGUAGUUGACAAAAAACAUGUUCUAGUUUCUUCAAAAUAGCCAUCAAGACAUGAAGAAUCCACCCAUUCACCUUUUCUGGGUCUUACAGAGAACGGGAGUUGGAAUUAAAGAUAAUCAAAUUUGGGUUGAUCAGACUAAAGCACAGAUUUCUACUAGUCUAAUGUCCAAUCCUUGUGUUUCUUGGCCAAACAAAUCUCAUCUUGUUGUCCUUAGCAGUGGUUUCCUAGCAGCUAUUUGCCCAUUUGCAUGCAGUCUUUUCUAAACAGUUGUUCUAGAGAUUGUUUUGUUGAUAGAACUAUGUAUGACAUUCAUCUGUUCUCUGAUGUUUCAAUUUCUGAUGCUGGUGACUUGGAUACAUUUAUCCUCAAAAGUAGAAAUGACUCUUGGUUUUCCUUUCCUGGGUCAGUCUGUACUUGUGUGUAUCAGUUUCGUUGUAACCUGUAAUGAUUUUUGCCAAUCCCCGUUGGGGUCAUAUGUUCAUACUGGCCUUUAGUGAGAAUAUCAUCAAAUAGUCAUGAGAUUAAAGAAAACACUUUGGAUAAAAUAUGUCCACACUUUUGGCCUGCACUUAUAUAUAUCUAUACAUGAUAUAAUAAAUAUUUCAUAUUUUUGGUAUACUAAAUCAUGAAAUGAGAACAAGUGUCCUUACAUUGAGUAUGUUUUCUUCUUCCAGGAAAUAUUUGUACUUUAAUGCAGGGCAUGGAAUUGUGGGAUGCAGAACCUGUUUAACCCUAAAAAGGGAAAGGGAGCAUUUAGUAUAUAGUUUUUAGUCACAAAAGUAAAUGAACAAUGCAUUAUUAUUUUUAACACACUGAAAGGUUUCAGAUUAUCAAACCAAAUUUUAGGAACCCACAAAGACUAUCCAAACAAAUGUUUUUUUUUUUUCUUUUCAGUAAAGAUGCAUGAUAAUAUCGGUUACCGAUAUUGGCAAUUAUGACGUCACACGGAUAAUCCAGAUUUUAAAAAAUCAACCGAUAAUCCAAUCCGAUAAUUAUAUACUUGAUUUAGCCUCCAAAUGUGCACAAUCAACGCAGUUUUGUCCAAUUCUGCACCGCCGCCUCAACACCUCCUCCCUCUGAAGCCCUGUUGCAUGAGUGACGUCACACGAAAUGCUUGAUAUCAUAGCGGCUCCGUCACAAGUGUGCGUUUACCUUUCUGUGUGUGAAACAGAAGUUCCACAAGUACACAGUAUACUUAGCAUUUUUAAUUUGUUGCUUCUUCAUUGGCUAAACAAAAACCUAAAUAUUUUAAAAUCCUCAAAUUACUAGCCAAAUAUUAUGUUUUAUUUGGCUCUUUCCUAUAUGAACUCCCUGCUCUC